GUUUUGUCGUCGGGUGUGUUCGCACGUAUAUUCUCUGCAGCCGUAUCCAUGAGGGGCUUAAAUCAUAAUGACGUACUCUGGAACUUCGUGAUAGCAUUGUGUAUGUGUAAUAUACGUGGGAUGAACAACAACGGAAACGUAGUUGUUUAAAAAUGAAUUUCUGAUAUCAACAUGGAUCCAUGGUGAAACUGGUUUCCAGUGGCCUAAUAAACCGCGCAGUAUCCCGAGGAAAUCAUCAUCGUCGCGUUCGUGCACACUCACCGUGAAACGUACGCGGUGCACCGAAACAGGAAAACAUAGAGAAAUCUGAUGAUGUAUCACGUGAAAAAUAUCAUGUUGAAAAUAAAAAUUUGAUUCAAGCUGUCCAAGAAACAAAUAAGGUCUGAAUAGUUGUGAAAUUAAUUUAGAUUACUUAUAUGGUCAAGGAUAUGAUGGUGCAAGCAACAUGUCUGGCCAAUAUAAAGGUGUUCAGGCAAUUAUCAAAAAAGAAUAUUCUAAAGCUAUAUAUGUGCACUGUGCAGCACACUCUGAACUUAGCAGUAUCAACUACAAGUGGAAUUCAACCAAUUAGAAACUGCUUAGGUAUUAUCGAAAAGUACUAUGUCUUCUUUAAUACACCAAAACGCCAAAAUGUUUGUUUAACCAACAUUGAAAAUAGUAAUGAGGAUCCUAAGGUUAAAACUUUAAAAAGAUUAUGUGCUACAUGACGGGUGCAGCGUUAAUAUACGCAACGGAAGCUAAUAUACUAUUAAAAGCUAUUGAUUCAGAAUUUCUUAUAUCCUUACAAGUUAUACAAUUGAUUUUUUCUUUUGGUUUACCAUUGUGUAAGUUGCUACAAAAAGAACAAAUUGAUUUGAGAGAAGCAGUAAGCCUUGCUGAAGAUAUUAUAAAUGUAUUAAAAAAUAUCAGAUUAAAUUGUGAUACUGAAUUCCACAAAUUGUUUUUGCUUGCAAAAGAGAUGUCAGUAAUUAUAGAUAUAGACUUGAGUACCAAAAGAAUAUCUAAACAACAAGUAAAUCGAGCAAAUCCAGAUCCCAAUUUAAGUGUUGAAGAAUACCACAAAGUGAUUUCAAAGUCUAUUUUCCUAUACAUUAACUUCUAAUGAGGAGGUAUCAUUUAGAAAAUUACUUGAAUUUUAUUUACCUUCUUUGGAUGUGAACAACUCGAUUGCAGAAUUGAAAUUGUGGAAGGUAAA